CGCCCCGUGCAUCGCUUUUUGCUCUUUUCCGGACCCCGACGACACAAACGAAACCCUCGCCGAACGACCCUUGACCCGGCCCUCGACGGCCUCACAUAUUGCCAACCAUGGGCAGAUUCGGGGAUUUCAGCAGCAUAUGUCGUAUUGCACCUAUUCCGCUAUGUGCGUCAGUUGGCCCGAUAACAUCGAUCGCCAGUGGCGUCGGCAUCGAGCCGGACUGCUAUGCGCGCAACAUUGAGGUGGCCAACACCAUCAUCUUUCAGGGCGCGGCCAGCGUGAUGCAUAUUGUUGCGCUGGUCAUGACGGUGGUCAUGUUGUUGCAUGUGAGGGGGAAGUUUACUGCUGUUGGCCGCAAAGAGAUCACCACCUUCUUCUACCUCUACAUGAUCCUCACCUUCCUCUCCCUCUGCAUCGAUGCCGGCGUCAUUCCACCGCACUCCGGUUCUUACCCUUACUUCGUCGCCGUACAGGCCGGUCUUGCCUCAGCCCUUGUUACCUGCCUCGUAAUCAACGGCUUCGUCGGCUUCCAGCUCUAUGAGGACGGCACUCCUCUCUCGUUGUGGAUGCUCCGCCUUAGCUCUUUUGUGGCAUUCGUCAUCUCCUUCCUCGUCGGUCUGGCUACGUUUAAAUCAUGGGCCGGCUUGGGUCCCACCAACACUGUCGGCAUCUUCGUCGUGCUCUACCUGCUUAACGCCCUCCAGCUUUUGAUCUACGUCGUAAUGCAGAUCAUCCUCGUUACUCGCACCCUACAGGACCGCUGGCCGUUGGGAGACAUCGCCUUCGGCGUCUUCUUCUUCAUCGCCGGCCAAGUCAUCCUCUACGCCUUCAGCUCGCCCAUCUGCGAGGGUAUUUCGCACUACCUCGACGGUCUCUUCUUCGCCACGACAUGCAACCUGCUGGCCGUGAUGAUGGUGUACAAGUACUGGGACUCGAUCACCAAGGAGGACUUGGAGUUCUCUGUGGGCACCAGGAUGAACAACUGGGAGGUCAAGGAGUUGUUGCCCCAGGGCCCGGAGGAGGACAGGAGGGCGACGGUCUAUGCGGAUCCGAUUUAUGAGGGGCAUUAUGCUCCUGGACCGGGAACGGGAAGUGGUGCUAGUGCGAGCGGGUAUGAGGGUGGACAUCACAGACGGGAGAGUCACGGGUAUACGCCUAGUCCCAACAGGCAGUCUUUGAGGUAUUAGAACGCCUGACACGGCCUGAGAUGUGCUAGGAAAGAAAGUGUAGAGAAUGAGAUGGAUGGAUGGAUGGACAGAGACGGAUGGAUUGUGGUUGUGAUGUUUCAGCGGUUGAUUGAUACCAUGUGCUCACGGCACUCGUCAUGUUCUUGUUUUGGUUGGGCGGGCGCAAAAAUGCACAACGCAGCUUAUGAUUUUUUUUUUUUUGGUAAUGGAAACAGAACAGCAACAGCAGCAAGUACCCCGACGACAGCGUGUUUGAGAAUUCACUUUAUUCUUGGUUGGCGUUAAUGGACCCGAAAGCUUGGGCAUGUCGAAUGCUACACGAGCAAGACUUUUGGGAUGAUUACGCCGUUAUUGGGGA